AGAAGAAGUGCAGACGCGAUUUUGUUUAUGCGGUGUCGGAAAUGCGAAAAACAAUUUAAAUGGAUAUGGAAACGCAAGUUAUAGACACCGUCAACGAGUUUUUGAAGGUGGACUCCAUUGACGAGGCGUUUGUGAGCGUCAUUGUUUUCAAGCCAAAUGGCGAGCAGGAGCGAGCCACCAGCUUCGCCAAUGAUUUGGUUACCGCUUUUGGGAACGUGGCACAGGAGAACCGGGAGCAGGUGCUGCGAGUUUACCUGCUGCGGGCGGCCGGCGCCUCUGGCUACCACAUCAAGGUGCUGAUGGCGGCACUGGUAAAACUGGUGGACGCACACGUGAUCACUGCAAGGAUGCUGUGCGACAAGGUGCUGAUGUGCGAGAAACUGGACUACGAGCACAGGACCUUCUGGAUCGAGAGCUUUCGGCUGAUCAAGCGCGUGAUCGCCCAGGUGGACUACAAAGGCGUGCGCGAGAUCAUGAAAGUGUGCCGCGACAAGACGCAGUGGUUUCCGCCCAACGUCAACGUCACCUACAUGCCACAGCUUCUGGCCGCCGAGGAUAUCCUACGCUUCAUCUUCGACCGCAACAAUUGCCUGCUGCCCGCCUAUUUCAUUGCCAACGAGAUUAUGCGUCCGUUUCCCUACCAUUGGAAGCUAAACCGGCUGAUGACCGACUUUGUCGAGGAAUUCCGCACCACGGCGCAAAUGGUCUCUAUCAUCGGACACGCCAGUAUGCUGCCUAUAGUGGAACACUUCGGCUACGCCGAUCACAUGAUGAACUCCUGGCGGCUGGACCACAACACCCUCAAGUUUAACUUUAAAGGCAGCCUGCCCUACGAGCCAGAGCUUCUCGAGGAGCAAAAGCCCCUGCUCCGCUACGUUUUGGAGCAGCCGUACUCGCGGGAGAUGGUCUCACAAAUGCUGAACCUUCAGAAGCAUCAAAAGCAGCGUUAUAAUGCCCUGGAGGAGCAGCUUGUCAACCUGAUCGUCCAGGCCAUGGAGAUGACGGAGGCCAAUGACGCCACUGCGGGCAGUGGCUUCAACGCCUCAGACGAACAAAUUACGCCCUACGAGUGGGUGUGGCUGCAUCUUUCCUCGCAGCUAAUCUACUUUGUGCUAUUCCAAUUUGUUAGUUUUAUGCACAUUGUGUUGGCGCUUCACGAGAAGCUUUCGAAGUUGGAGCUCAGGAAGGGUCGUGACCAGCUGAUGUGGAUCCUCUUGCAGUUCAUCUCUGGAAGCAUUCAAAAGAAUCCUAUUACCAAUUUUCUGCCCGUGUUCAGGUUGUUUGACCUUCUCUACCCCGAACUGGAGCCACUUAAGUUGCCAGAUAUCAACAAAUCUUCGAUGGUCCGCCACAUGGCUCCCAUUUGCGUGUGGAUCCACCUGAUGAAGAAGGCGCGAGUGGAGAAUAUGAACAUUACUCGACCUCUGCCCAUUGCGCUUAAAAACCAUUACGACUUUUUGCAGCACCUGGUCACGCCCAACACCAUGAUGAACAUGACUCUGGGCAACGACUUCCGCAUCAUUCUAAUCUGCAAUGCUUAUUCUACGAAUCAAGAGUACUUUGGGCGACCCAUGGGCUUGCUGCUGGAUGCUUUGAAUGGCUCUUCGAAGUCACCGAAUGGCGCCCAGAUACCAGCAGUUACCUUCUCGGUCACGGUUCUGGACAGUCUGACGGUGCACAGCAAAAUGUCGCUAAUCCACAGCUUUGUGACCCAGAUGCUGAAGCAGGCCCAAACCAAAGGGCAAGUUCCAGCGGCGGCGCUAUUAGAGACUUAUGCCAGACUUUUGGUUUAUACGGAAAUCGAAUCGCUGGGCAUCAAGGGAUUCCUGAGCCAACUAAUGCCAACUGUGUUUAAAAACCAUGCCUGGGCUAUGCUGCACACCUUGAUGGAAAUGUUUUCGUACCGGCUGCAUCAUGUGCCCACCCACUACAGAGUCCAACUGCUAUCUCUGCUCCAUUCAUUGUCCUCCGUGCCGCAAACAAACAAGAUGCAGCUCAAUCUUUGCUUUGAAUCCACUGCUUUGCGUCUGAUUACCAGCAUCGGAUCUGCGGAGUUUCAGCCACAGUUCUCGCGGUACUUCAACGACAAAUCUCCCGGAGCGGUGGCGUCUAAUGAGAGUGAGGAACUAAACCGGGUUCUCAUCCUUACACUCGCGCGUUCCAUGCAUGUUCACGGCGGCGGCGAUGAGAUGCAAGGGUGGUGCAAGGAUUUCCUGUCUAACAUCAUUCAACACACGCCGCACUCGUGGCCCAUGCAGUCGCUAGCCUGUUUUCCGCCCGCUUUAAAUGAGUACUUUACCCAGAACAACCAACCGCCGGAGAACAAACAACAGCUUAAGAAGGCCGUGGAAGAGGAGUACCGCACCUGGACAUCCAUGACAAACGAAAACGACAUCAUUGCGCACUUCCUGCGACCAACCACAAACCCCUUGUUCCUUUGCCUGCUGUUCAAAAUAAUUUGGGAGACGGAGAACAUAAGCCCAGUGGCUUACAAAAUCCUGGAGGGUAUAAGUGCGAGAGCCUUAUCCACUCACUUGCGCAAAUUUUGUGACUAUCUAGUGGCCGAAGUGGCUAGCUCCUCGGAUGGUCGGGAUUUUAUUCACAAGUGCGUGGACACGAUUAACAACAUGAUCUGGAAGUUCAAUGUAGUGACCAUCGAUAGGGUUGUGCUUUGCUUGGCUCUUCGAACGCACGAGGGCAACGAGGCUCAAGUCUGUUUCCUCAUUAUACAGCUGCUUUUGCUAAAAGCCAGUGAGCUGCGGAAUCGAGUUCAGGAGUUCUGCAAGGACAACAAUCCUGAUCAUUGGAAGCAGAGCAAUUGGCAGGACAAGCAUUUGUCCUUUCACCAAAAAUUUCCGGAAAAGUUCGCCCUGGACGAAUCUGCAUCUCAGAUUGCGCUGCCCGUGUACUUCAGCAAUGUCUGCCUGCGAUUUCUGCCUGUUUUGGACGUUGUGGUGCACAGAUUCAUCGAGCUCACCAUAACGAAUGUUCACCAAAUACUUGGCUUCAUUUUGGAUCAUCUGAGCAUACUCUACAAGUUCCACGAUCGCCCCAUCACGUAUCUCUACAACACCCUUCAUUAUUAUGAGCGAAUCCUAAGGGAUCGUCCGGCGCUGAAGAAAAAACUGGUGGGCGCUAUUACUAGCGCUUUUAGUGAGAUUCGCCCGCCCAACUGGAGCGUUAGUGAGCCUUAUAAGGUAUUUCUGCAAAACCAGGACUCGUUAUGGACACCCGAAUUGAGUUACUAUAUGAGCUUGAUCAGACGCCUGGCAGACACUAUCAGUGGGAAGAAUGUCUUCUAUUCCACCGACUGGCGUUUCAAUGAGUUCCCAAAUGCCCCGACUCAUGCGCUCUAUGUGACCUGCGUGGAACUGCUGGGUCUGCCGGUGGCACCCACAUUGGUGGCCAACAAUCUCAUUGAUGUGAUAGUCAGCGGAUAUGCGGUCAUUCCGCAGAAGGAUAUACACAGCUAUAUCAAUGCCGUGGGCAUUGUUUUGGCAGCUUUGCCAGAGCCCUACUGGAGUGGCAUCUACGAUCGCUUACAGGAUAUGCUCAACACACCCAAUAUGCUGAAUUGGACCUACAGAUUCAAUGCAUUCGAGUUGUUUAACUUUAAGACUGUGCGCGAGGCGAUGCUGGAGAAGACCUACGCCGUGGUGUUGGCCGUGGCUCACUCGGUGUUUCAUCACAUGGGCGCCUUUAAGCUGGCGGCGAUGACCAGGUACCUCAAGGAGAAGCUAAAGCCGUGCGUGCGAACUGAGCAGCAAUUGUUGUACCUGUGUCACGUGUUUGGGCCCUUCCUGCAGCGAAUAGAACUUGAAAAACCGAACGCAGUGGCCGGCAUUGCCGUGUUGCUCUAUGAGAUUCUGGAGAUUGUGGACAAACAGCACGGACCGAAGCCAUUGCAGUACAUGGACCAGAUAUGCGACUUUCUCUACCACAUCAAAUAUAUACAUGUGGGUAACAUUAUUAAAAACGAAUCGGAGGCUAUUAUUAAGCGGUUACGGCCCCUACUACAGAUGCGCCUAAGGUUCAUAACACAUCUCAACCUGGAGGAUAUUCAUUCGGAGAAGAUCUCCGAUAACGCCAUCAAUAAUGCACUGUCAACACAAACGCAAUCCCCCCUGCAACCCCAACACCAACAGCAGCCACAGCAACAACAUCAGCAGCAACAACAGCAUCAACAACAGCAACAACAGCAGCAAAUGCAAAUGCAACAGCAACAGGUGAAUGCAGUGCAAACAACAAGCCUUCCAUUGGGCAGCGGUGGCAGCCUGCAGCAACAGCAGCAACUCAAUCAGCAGCAGCAGCAGCAAAUGUACAUGCAACACAUGCAGCAGCAGCAGCAGCAACAACAUCAACACAUGCAAAACAUGCGACACAAUUAGUGCAAGCAGGCAUAGAAUCUAAGCUUAAUUUUAAAGUAGUAUUAUCGUCUAAUUGGCUCGUUUUUGCAUUAAUUGUCGUGUAAUUAUGUACGUUCAAUUUCCAUGUAUUGUAUGAACCGUUCUCAGAUAUGUUCUAAGAAAUUUUACAAAAACUACGUUUGAAUGCUAUUAUCAGUGGGCUAUCUAUC